AUGGCUCGCCAUGCUGAGCGAUAUCCGACGAAGAGAGCUGGCAGUGCCCAGAAAGCCGUCGUUAUGCGUAUGAGAGAAUCGGGCAAGGAUUUCACUGGCACCUUGUCAUUUUUCAAUGAAUGGGAACUCUUCUGGUCUUCAGACGAAGAAGAUCUGGAGCAACUCACAUCCACUGGUCCCUUUGCCGGAACACUCGGCUCCUUUACUACAGGAGUUCGCCUCCGUACUCGCUACCGACAUCUAAUUGACCAAGCUGCGACCAUUCAUCCGGAUCAUCCUACUACCUUUUGGGCCAGUGGCUCCAACCGUGUAAUUGAAACAGCGAAACACUUUGCUGCAGGCUUCUUCGGACUUGAUUAUGCUAGCAAAAAUACAGCGAACCUUUCGGUCAUAUCGGAGCACUCCUCACUCGGUGCAGAUACGCUAACACCCGGACGGACUUGCAUCGCCAAUAAGAAAGACAAAGAGAAUGGCCAGCCAAAAGGAUAUCGUCUCAUGCGUAGAUAUCGCUCUACUUACAUGCCUCCUAUCCGCAAACGCCUUCUCGAACAAACAGGCAUGGUGUUUAAUGACGAAGAGAUCUACGCCAUGCAGGAAAUGUGUGGGUUUGAAACCACGGUUCGCGGACGGAGUGAUUGGUGCAAUGUGUUCACACAAGAAGAGUUUCUCGGCUUUGAGUACGCAAGAGAUAUCUUGCACUACUACCGCGCCGGGCCAGGACAAAAGUAUGCAAAGAGCAUGGGGUGGUUGUGGGUGAAUGCUACAACAAACUUGCUAUUGGAAGGCCCAGAAGAGGCAGGCCCAUUGUUCUUCAGCUUUGUUCACGAUGGUGAUAUUGCACCCAUGAUCUCCGCACUCGAUGUCAUCAACGACGAAGAGCAUCUUCCCAUUACACAUAUCCCCCACAACCGCAAAUGGCGCAAGUCCCAAGUCUCCCCGAUGGGCGGCCGUAUCAUCUUCGAAUUACUCUCAUGUAAAACAGGCAGUGGUGACGAUAGCCCUCGAGAGAAAUUUGUCAGGCUCAACAUCAACGACGGUAUCACGGCCUUACCGGACUGUCACAGCGGGCCAGGCAAGAGUUGUCCUUUGAAUGAAUUUGCCGAGAGGACGAAGAAGAAAGGCGAGGAAGUACAAGAGUUCAAGGACUUGUGUGGAUUAAGUGAUGACGCAGCCAAGAGGAUAACAUUUUUGAGUCAGAAAAAGGAUAAUGAGUAA